AUGGAUCAGAUGACGGAUUCAGAUAUGGAUCAACAACGGCAAGGCUAUUUUCAUUCUGAACAUUGUGUUCUCAUGAGAGGCCCCAGCGUCGGACAUCCUAAUAUCCGUUCGGUGGUGACUGCUUCAGGGAACACAUCUAAUGGCGAUUCUCACUAUUUACCAGAUGCUUAUGACAAUGCUAGGGUGUAUGGGAUUACACAAUAUAACGGUGUUCAGCCUCAACAUAAUCUUGAUAUGGGCGUUGCAACUGCAGGCAACUUGCCAGGUUCAAGCACAUUCGCGAUUUCCGGAGUUUCCUUAGAUAAUUUUGGAAGAAGCAAUGGUUUUGUGGAUGACGGAAGAGGUCCGUACAAAAGGAAAAUUGCUGAAGGGAUGAGAGGAAACCACCAACAUUUUAAUGCUUCAACUAGUUCUUCUAUCACUCCCCCAAAUGCAAGACACCCUGAUGGGGUUGCUAUGAUGGAUAAUGCGCCAUUGCCAUUCCGUGUUCCUUCACUCAUUGGAGUAGGGCCGCAUGGCGGUGCUUGGAGCAGGUCAGGCGAGUCUAUUAUGAUGCACGAUCAUAAUCAUUUGAUACACGGAAACUAUUUGGGGCAGCACUUUCCACCAGCGGCUCCUCCUUGGUUGGACCAGCAAGUGAAUAGUAAUAACAAUGAUGGCCAUACUACAGCCUGGAAUCCGCCUGUUCCAAUGCCUUAUAUACAAGCACCCACUAUUAAUGGAGGUUCAUUAGAGAGUGCAAGUAUGGGUUUACAGAGGUAUCACGAAACAGCCGGAAUAAGAGGUCACAAUAUCAGCUUUCACCCUCCGGUGACAGCAGCUUCAUUUAGGGUUCCACCAAAUCCUCCUCGCGGUUCUGUGAUCCCUCCACCGACAGGUUUUGAGGCAGGUCCUAGGCAUAUUAUCCCUGCACCAUCAACUGGCUUCCGGAUAUACCGACCUCAUAGGCUCAUGCCAGAGACAGCUCUCGGACAUCGAAGUCUACCUCCCGUGGGCUUCCUCCAAGUUGAUGAUGUUGCUUUAAUUGAUGAAGUGGGAAAUCUGAUUGACCAUCACCGAGAUAUGCGCUUGGACAUUGAGGACAUGUCUUACGAGGAUCUUCUUGCAUUGGGCGAAAGGAUUGGCAGUGUAAACACUGGCUUAUCAGAGGAAACAAUUGCGAAAAAACUAAAGACGAAAGUUUAUUCAACAAAAUCCACUGCUAUUAAUCUGGAGGAGGUAGCUUCUGACGAUCAGGAAACUGAUUCUUGCAUCAUAUGUCAGGAGGAGUUUAAGAACCAGGAGAGGAUCGGCAUUCUUCGAUGUGAGCACGAGUACCACGUGGAUUGCUUGACGAAGUGGUUGCUUGUCAAGAACGUCUGUCCUAUAUGCAAAUCAGAAGCUUUGGCUACUGGAAGGAAGGAUGCAUAG